UUAACUAAUUACUCACAACAGUAAAUCGUUGACGAUCAGCUCGGGAGUGUUAGACAGUAUGGCACCGUGUGGCAAAUCGAUAACUUGUUAUGUAAGACCAAAAAGGCAGACAGAGUUGAGAUCUGUAAUGCUGCUGUGAAUGGGAGAUUUGUUUACACGAUAAUUAUUGAGUUAAAAAUAGAAAUAAAUUGCAUAAACUUGUGUUACACUUUUUAACACUUUAAAAAGGAACACUUUACGCUAUGAAUAUAACUUAGGUUGUUAUAUUAAUUGUAGCAGCAUUUUAUAAAUUGUUGGAUAUUUAUAUCUGUUUGAGUCGUGAAUCCGAUAUUGGUUUUUAUGAGCAGUAUGUGAUAGUGCCGAAGAUAUGUACUGGUAUAUUUAUAACGUGUCUUAAUUCUAGGACAAGAUACCACAAUUUUUCUUCGGUACGUAAUGAGAGUCCAGCACUGAACAAUGGCCGGAAUCUUGCCAUUUGAGAGGUGUGCUACGCACCAUGGUAACAUCAUCACGAAGUAUUGCGCCGACCAUGACGUCGUUUGCUGUGAAACUUGCCGUGUAGUUAAACACAGAUCAUGUACCCAUGUUGACACUCUGCGGCAUGUUGGUAGAGGUAUCAAGGCAACCACAGAAUACAAAACAUCAAAAGACUCUUUAGAUGACAUUAUUGUAAAGAUGAGAGUGGAAAAAGAUUUAAGAACAAAGAACCUAACGAAUGUUAAUCAGCAAAAAGAAAAACUAUUAAAAGAUGUUGACGUAUUCCAGGAUGAAAUCAUCGCAAAAAUUAAAGACCUAGCAAAGUUGUCGAAGGAGCAAAUUCGAGCCAAACAUCAGGAGUAUAAGAGACAAUUAGAGAAAGACGAAGCCGCCCUGGAUACUGUUAUCAUUUCUACAAGUAAAACUUUACGAAAUCUUUCCGCUUAUAGCGAGGCUCGUAUCUUUGCAAAUGUUAAGGCAACAGAAAAGGCUGUACAAGACGGCGACACGCUGUUAGAAAAUAUGUCUAAUGAAUGGUGUAAAAAAGAGAUAAGAUUUUCAUUUAACCAUAUACUGAAGACAAACACAGUAAGCCUAGGACAUAUUGUAGAUGGGGAACAAGAUAACGAAGUCGGCGAAACAGGGCGAAAUUAACGAAUAUUUUUGUUAAAAUUGUGUGAUAAGAAAUAAAUCAAAUAAGUCGCGGUCUCUUGGGUGCCUAGAAGUGAAAUAAUUAACGUCAUGUCAUCGAACGACGUCUUGAGUGAUUUAAUUGUCAAUUUGCAAUGCCAUGAAUUUUGUCAUAAACAUGUUAUGUGUCGUAACUUCUCUACAUUCUGCUAUAUUACAAACACAGGGACUAUAUUUGUUAAAGCUUAAAGUCAAAAGUGCUACAGGUGAUUUGGUGCAUUUUAUUUUCACAAUAGAAUGUACCACAUGUAUUAAUUUAAUUAUUAACUAGCUACUUAACACAUUGUGUGAAGGUCCGAGUUACAGGUGCGAAUAGUUUAAAAUAUUAAACAAAUGUGCUGUGAUGUGAAUAUACAAUGUAUUAUAUACGAAAGGUUAAUUGUUUAUGAUACCUAAAGAGAUGUACAAACGGAACCGAGUAAACACGAGGAACCGUUUCCCUG